CGGAAGCGGAGGGAUUCGGAAUCUCCCGCAUGGCGGUGCCAACGCCUGGUUCUGGGUAGGUUGAGUGGUACUUGCUGAGCGGUGGUUCUCGGUGAGCGGUACUCGGUGGCUUCGGUGGAGCCGCGUGGGCACCACAGACCCCCGCGCAGCCACGAUGUUCGUCCUGGUGGAGAUGGUGGACACCGUGCGCAUACCCCCCUGGCAGUUUGAGAGGAGGCUCAACGAGGCCAUUGCCGAAGAGCUCAACAAGAAGUUGGCCAACAAGGUCGUGUACAACGUGGGACUCUGCAUCUGUUUGUUCGAUAUCACCAAGCUGGAAGAUGCCUAUGUGUUCCCAGGGGACGGCGCAUCACACACCAAAGUACACUUCCGAUACGUGGUGUUCCACCCGUUCCUGGAUGAGAUUCUCAUUGGGAAAAUCAAAGGCUGCAGCCCAGAGGGCGUGCACGUCUCUCUAGGGUUCUUCGAUGACAUUCUCAUUCCCCCUGAGUCACUGCAGCAGCCUGCCAAGUUUGAUGAAACAGAACAGGUCUGGGUAUGGGAGUAUGAGACAGAGGAGGGAGCGCAUGACCUGUACAUGGACACAGGCGAGGAGAUCCGCUUCAGAGUGGUGGAUGAGAGCUUUGUGGACACGUCCCCCACGGGGCCCAGCUCAGCCGAGGCCACUUCUUCCAGUGAGGAACUGCCAAAGAAGGAAGCACCAUACACGCUUGUGGGAUCUAUCAGUGAGCCGGGCCUGGGCCUUCUCUCUUGGUGGACCAGCAACUAGCCCUGGAGCUUGACAGUGACUGCCUACCCAGAAGACCCUGCUCCCCUGGGCAAGUGGGGCAGGCAGCAGUGAAGACAGUAGCUCUGCAAGUGCUGGGAGGGGCCAGGAAGCCCCAACUGCCUCUACCUCCUGAGUGCUGGGAUUACAGAUAGGCAUGUACCACCAUAUCCAGUUUAUGUGGUGCUGGGAGGUGGAACCCAGGGCUUCAUGCAUGCAAGGCACGCACUCUACCGACUGAUCUACUUCCCCAGCUGAAGGACUGAUUUUUUGUUUUUUUGAGGGGGUUGGGGGCCUUUUUGUUUUUUAAAU